AUGAAGUUCUUCCUUUUUACCUGCCUUUUGGCUGUUGCUCUUGCAAAGCAUGAGAUGGAACAUGUCUCCUCCAGUGAGGAAUCUAUCAACAUGUCCCAGGAAAAAUAUAAGCAGGGAAAGAAUGUAGUCCUUCAUCCCAGCAAGGAGAACAUUUGUUCCACAUCCUGUGAGGAACCUGCUGAAGUUCCCAGGGAGAAAGUUAAGGUUACUGUGGAAGAUAAGCAAUACCUGAAACAACUGAGCAAAAUAAGUCAGUUUUAUCAGAAGUUCCCCCAGUAUACCCAGGCUCUAUAUCAAGGUCCAACUCUUAUGUACCCAUGGGUUCAAGUUAAGAGAAGUGCUGAGCCCUUUAUUCCCACUGUGUUACAAAGCAGACAGCAGCUCUCUACCAGUGAGGAAUCUGUCAGCUCCUCUCAGGAAGAAAAUUCAAAGAAGACUGUUGAUAUGGAAUCAACCGAAGUACUCACUAAGAAAACUACAUUGACUGAAGAAGGAAAGAAUCGCCUAAAAUUUCUGGACAAAAUCAACCAAUAUUAUCAGAAAUUAACCUGGCCCCAGUAUCUCAAGACUAUUUCUCAGUAUCAGAAAACUAUGAAGCCAUGGAAUCACGUUAAGACAAAUGUUAUCCCCUAUCUCGAUUACAGCGGCAAUCCUGACAGUCCUUACCCAGUUAACCCAACUCUGAAUAUUCCUUAUCCCAUACCAGACAGUGAUUUCACUCCUCCUGUCUAUCCUACAAGGAAUAAGUUCCCCAAUUACCCUGGGAAUCCUGACCGUGAUGCCGGGGUGCCCUCAUAUCCCUGGGUUCUCACUGCUCCUGGAGCCCCCCUCUACCACAUUCCUAGUUUUCCCAUACCUUCUUGGUUGUCCCAUCAUCCUCCCCCUCCUUGGGCUUUCCGCCUUCUUCCUCCCUCAAAAAGACCUAUGGGACCUUAUUUCCCACCUGAUACAGCUGCACCUACUGCAGCCGAUCCAUAUGUACCUAAGUCUCUUGCCCCACCUACUACAAACCCACCUUCUAUCCCAGAGACUGAGCCACCUGCUGUGACAGAGCCUGAUGAAGCAGAAAUUGCAGCAGCUGCCCCAGGACCUCAGUCCUCUAUUUCUCUUGACCAGGAAUAA